AUGACGUCUCCUGUAACCGUGGGGCCCCACUCGAGUCCUGCCAGACACAGUGAUGCUGGAGCCAACUCCGAGGCUACCACACGAGGCGUUGACGUCUCAAAGCUGGCCACAGUUCAACGUGUGAUGAGCCUGACCACUGAGUCGUUCACACCACUGAGACACACCACACGACAUGUCAGAAAUUCAACACGCCUACACAAGAACCUUGGUCAGGAGAUAAACAAAAUGCUCGAAGGGGUCGCCAAGAAGCUGCACAGUAAGUCUAAAGGCCAGCACCGACGGGCUUGUCCAGCAGCCUGCUCCCGCGUGUUCUGCAAACGCCUCAGUUGCUAUGGCCGUAUUAAAGGUUGCUCUUCACGUCAACCUAACAAUACCGCUAUGGACAAUUAA